GUAGUUCAGCUGGUGGGGCCCGCCUUCCUAAAACAGAAAGUAACGCGCAGCAGGUAUAUAAUAUAAAUUAGGUCACCGAGAAGGAAGGAAGGAAACAGAUAAUGCGAAGGAACCGUGAAUUACUAAAAAAGGUAGCAACAAAAGUGUGAGUUUGUGCUUCGUGCGGACACGCACAUCAGUUAAUAAGGAAUCGGGCUGCUAAAGUGGGUCCCUUUUGCUUCUUGCUACUUGUACAACACAUCUGCAUUUUACUCUAGUUCGCAUCAGUUUUUACAAUGGGGAACUCAUCCAGCAAGGAUUAUGAUAAAUUGGAUGCUGCAGAACCCAAUACCUUGAACAUUGCACUGGUUGGCGGGACGGGUACUGGUAAGUCUAGUCUUGUCAAUAUGCUGCGAGGUUUAUCUGAUGAUGAAGAACAUGCUGCCCCCACUGGAAAUAUAGAAAUAACAAUGGUGCCUACACGGUAUCCUCAUCCAAGUAUUCCUAAUGUCUUUUUAUGGGAUCUCCCAGGAACAGGCAGCCCUACAUUUCAUGCUAAAAACUAUGUUAAAGAAAUGCAUUUCAAAAGCUAUGACAUCUUUAUUAUUGUUUCCUGUUGUCGAUUCUCAGAGAAUGAUGCUGAGCUUGUCAAAGAAAUAAACAAACUGAAUAAACCAUUUUACUUUGUGAGAAGCAAAAUCGACAACGAUAUAUUUGCAGAAGAAAAAAAGUAUGGCAAUGUUGAUCCGGAGAAAGUCAUGAAUAAGAUUAGAAAUGACUGUACUCAUAAUCUGCUCAAACUGGGAAUAGAACCUGUGAACAUAUUCUUGAUAUCAAGACUUCAUCAGGACAUGUAUGACUUUUCCAACUUACUAAGCACCUUUACAAGAGAUGAGAAGAUUCUUGAAUUUGUUUCUAAGCAAAAAUCUCAAGAAAAGAAUGAAGACACCGAGAAAUUGGUAGAAGCCUUUAGACAAGGAAACAGUGAAGCCAUUGCUGAUACUGCUGUCAAAAUUCUGACGACUAAAGAAGCUGUCACCUUACAUGUUGCUGUAACUGGAAGUACUGGAACAGGAAAAUCGAGUCUCAUAAAUGCACUGCGAGGCCUGAAUGACAAAGAUGAAGGAGCAGCUCCCACUGAUGUCAUGGAAUGCACCAUGGAACCAACACCAUACCCACAUCCUGACCUCCCUAAGGUCAUAUACUGGGACCUUCCUGGGAUGGGUGGUGCAAAUGUCACAGCAAAAAAUUACUUAGAAAACAUGAAGUUUGAUUGCUAUGAUUUUUUUAUUGUUGUUAUUAGUUCUCGUGUAAAGGAAAAUGAUAUGAAUAUAGUUGCAGAGUUAAGACGUUUAAGAAAGCCGUUUUACUUUAUGCGAAGCAAAAUAGAUGAAGAUGUACGUGCAGCCCAGUGGAAAAAUAGGUCGGUCAAUGUGGAAGAUGUCCUUGUAGAAAUUAGGAAUGACUGUGUUAAUAAAUUAAAUAAAAUAGGAAAAUUAGGGGAACAAUCAGUAAGGGUUUUCCUUGUUUCAAGAUUUGAUUUAGAGAAUUAUGACUUUGCACAGUUUAAAACUGAACUUUCAAAAGAUCUGCCAGAACACAAGAAUGACAUCUUUCAGAUUUCACUUCCUAGUUUUAGCCAUGAGACAAUAGAAGAAAAAAAGAAAAUUUUAAAGAAAAGUAUUUGGUUAGUAGCUGCUGCUUCUGGAGGAAUAGCAGCAACACCAAUCCCUGGGGUCUCGUUUGCAUGUGAUACUGUAAUGAUAGUCAGUUCUGUUUUGAGCUUUCAACUGUAUCUAGGGUUGGAUGACCGAUCUUUAAAUAGGUUAGCCUGGAGAUUUCAAAAGCCUGUUGAAAAACUGAAGAGUCAAAUCCAGAAUCCCUUACUACAGAGAAAAGUAACACGAGAUGUUAUCAUAAAAAUGAUGAUUUCAGGCUCCUAUAUUAGUUUGAUGGCUUUUGAAGAACUGUUCCAUUUUAUACCUUUUAUUGGUGGCUUCAUUUCAGCCCCUUUAUCCUUUUUUGCGACCUUCAGAAUUCUCAGUGAUGUUCUCAAUACAUUUACUAAAAAUGCUCACAAUGUAUUAGAUGAAGCCCUGAAAGAAGAAAGCCAUGCUUCCUCUUAGCUGGAAAAUAAAGACAGCAAAGACAUGCUAAAUAGUAUGUUACUAACUUUUAUAUCAUGCACAUUUAAGCUUAGAAUAAAGUCAGCAGUGGUAACCUCUUUCAGUGCCCAUACACUUGUACUCUCAAAUAAGUGGAGUUUUCAAUGCUACAAGCAAGACAAACACAAAACAAAAACAAAAGGGUUAACCUGAAAGGAAUAGUGAGCAUACAGCCAAACUUAAUAAAGAGGGGUAGUGCGAGCCAAUUCUCAUUUACAUUACAUUAACGCACUAAGUGUUUCUGUGAACAUACCAGUUUAACGUGGCUGAUAGUUUUCUGUGCUCUGCAUACACUCUCUGAGAACUUGCGCUAGCCCGCUUCAUUCAUGCUCUGCAUAUACUCUGGGAACUCAUGCUAGCCCACUCUGUUCACGCUCCACAUACUCUCUGGGAACUACACCAUACCCUUGCACAUAGGAGGUAACUCCAGUAAUCCAUCAAAAUAUAGAACCAUAGCCAUUCUUUCACAACUCUCUAAAAUUCUAGAAAAAUGCAUAUA